AUGUUAUCUCUUUUUUUCUUCUCCAUCCAAACCACAAAUGGCAAUCCUUCACCAGUGCGGCUGCAUGACAGCAUCUCAGAGGAAGGUCACCAUUACCUCAUCUUUGACUUAGUAACGGGUGGUGAGCUGUUUGAAGACAUUGUUGCCAGGGAAUAUUACAGCGAAGCAGAUGCCAGCCAUUGCAUCCAGCAGAUUUUGGAGGCAGUACUUCAUUGCCAUCAGAUGGGCGUCGUGCACAGAGACUUAAAGCCAGAGAACCUGCUUCUGGCUUCGAAAUCCAAAGGUGCAGCUGUGAAGUUAGCAGACUUUGGCCUUGCCAUUGAGGUUGAAGGGGACCAACAGGCUUGGUUUGGGUUUGCUGGCACUCCUGGUUACCUGUCCCCUGAAGUCUUACGGAAAGACCCUUAUGGAAAAGCUGUAGACCUGUGGGCAUGUGGUGUGAUUCUCUACAUCCUGCUGGUUGGAUACCCACCCUUUUGGGAUGAAGACCAGCAUAGACUCUAUCAGCAAAUUAAAGCUGGUGCCUAUGAUUUUCCUUCACCCGAGUGGGACACAGUCACCCCUGAGGCGAAAGAUCUUAUUAAUAAGAUGCUGACCAUCAACCCAUCUAAACGCAUCACUGCUGCGGAGGUACUCAAGCACCCGUGGAUCUCACAUCGCUCCACUGUUGCAUCUUGCAUGCACAGACAGGAGACUGUUGAGUGCUUGAAGAAGUUCAAUGCUAGAAGAAAGCUCAAGGGUCACAUAUCAAUUUCACUCUUUUUCUUUGUCUCUCAUACAGGAGGAAAGAGUGGGGUCAGCAAGAAGACAGAUGGUGUGAAGGAAUCAUCAGAGAGUACCAACACCACAAUUGAGGAUGAGGAUACUAGAGCGAGGAAGCAAGAAAUCAUCAAAGUAACUGAGCAACUCAUUGAGGCCAUCAGCAAUGGAGAUUUUGAGAAUUACACGAAGAUGUGUGAUCCCAGCGUUUCAGCGUUUGAGCCUGAGGCCCUGGGAAACCUGGUAGAAGGGCUGGAUUUCCAUCGCUUCUACUUUGACAACCUGUGGUCAAAGAACAGCAAGCCAGUCCACACCACCAUCCUGAACCCUCAUAUCCACCUGAUCGGCGAGGAGGCCGCCUGCAUUGCCUACAUUCGUAUCACGCAGUAUCUCGACACAAACGGAAUGCCAUGCACUGCCCAGUCAGAGGAGACACGGAUCUGGCAUCGUAAAGACGGCAAGUGGCAGAUAGUCCACUUCCAUCGCUCAGGCUCUCCGUCUGCCAUCACUAAAUAAGAGAGUCAGUUGAAAAUACCAGAGUUGCAGGAUCACUGGCUUGAGGAUGUACAAGCUCCCGGCUUCUCAUCUCAUUCCUUGAACUUCAUUGGCCCUCUGCUUUACGGUGUCAUCACAUUCACAUUAGCAUUUAUUCUCAUUGCUCAGAACACUUCUUUAUGGAUAAACUAUGAUGAAGCCACUUUGCUGUUGCAACCCUGCUGUAUGGAAUGGUUUUUUUUUUUAGUAUCUUGGUUAUGUUUACAAAAUUAGCCACCAUGUUUUUAACCAUAAGUGCUACAUUUGCAGAUAUUUGACACAAAUUAGAUAUUCGGGACAACUACUACAUUCCAAAAGAGAUCCUGUUUCCUGUAUUUUAUAAAAACGACACGGAUACCUAGAUUUUUUUCUUUUUUCAACGGUUAGACAUUUCCGGCUCUCUCUAGCGCCUGUAAUGAACUCGAAUGUAAUCUGAUUGAAAUGGAUCUCUGUGUUAUUUUAAUGUCUACCCCUAAAUAGAAAUACUUGUUUAUAUAUUUGAAAUAAAGUGACAACUGGAGAACUGCUAUGAACGAAUACAGUAAUGGCGUUUCCUGUGAAUGUCACUGGACAGAUAUCAACACAACUGCCCGAUUUCCAGACAAUCGCCAUUGAGCAUUUUCUACCGAGUUUAGUAAAGCGCAUUUAACAACAAUGAAUUUCAGCAUACUCUUAGCCCUGGAAAUCAAAGCUACAUCGAUGGCUCAAAACACACGCGCACACAAUCUAAUAAACCCACAUGAUCCGCACUGCAAGAACAGAUGGAUCAAGGGGGCUGAGCAACCCACUCAACGAACAGUUGCUUAAAGUUAAAGCUGGUGCUGAUGGUGGCAUUAUCAAGAGCUGCAGUGGAAGAGUAAAUGCAUGCGAGAGCUUGAUAUUUCUUUCUGCCGUACAGAGUUUUCAGAUCCGAGUCUGGUGUGGUGUGCUCAGAGCACUUUGAUAAAGUUCUUCCAGUAGGGCUGGUAUAUUUGUUCUUCCUUUUGUAUUUAGGAUUCAGGGAUUUUUUUCUUUUUAUUACAAAAGGAAGUCUCUUGAAACAGCUCUUAAGGGUGUGUUUGAUGUCUGGGCUUAACUUCUAUUCAAAUUCAAUGGAAGCGUGUUGCUGGAGAGAGCGCUUUCAAUAAUCAGUGUUGAAGUGUUUAUCUACUGAUGUCUUUUUAAAAUGCUCUAUUUGCUUGAUCAGUCUUACUGUGACGGUCAACAAAUGUACAUUCAUAUUUAUUAACACGAACAAUCAAAGUAAUUCAAAUGUGAAAGUGGACAUUGCUAACUCUAUAUAGUGAUGCUCAAAAAGACCUAG